UGAAAUCAUCCCGAUAUUUUUUUUUCCCCUUUACACGGUCAGAGUGGUCAGCUGAUAAAUGCGAAAGAAAUACGAGGACGACACGUCACGACGCAUUACGAGGAACAUGUCAGCGAACCAUGCCAAGCCCAACAUCAGCCACUCUCAGGCAGUAGACAUUGUUAAGAAAUACUACAACCUGACUCCCUCUCAACUCCACUGCCUGCCCAGCUACGAUGACCAGAACUUCUCUAUUACGACUGUCGAAGGUGGCGAGUAUGUGCUGAAGAUUAUGAACUCAGUGCACACAAAGGACCCGACUUUGAUAGAACUGCAGACAUAUGCAAUGAACUUUCUGCACGAAAAUGGACUUCCUACACAAACAACCCAGAAAACAACCAUGGGACAAGUCAUGUUUCUCGAAGGCAUUGAUUGUGGCUACGGUUUACAGAAGUACCUGGUGCGCCUGUUGACUUAUUUGCCAGGAGUCCCUAUUUCCGAGGUGCCUUUUUCACCACAGCUACUUUAUGAAGUAGGCCGGACAGCAGCCAGAAUGGACAACGCCCUCAAUGAGAUGCAACAUCCUCAACUUAGUGUGCUGCAGAGGGAAGGAUUCAUAUGGAGUUUGUCAAAUAUUCCCCUUCUGGAAAACUACAUGAAAGUGCUCGAGGGACAACCUCUCCUGGGGGUUGUCAUGUCUAUCCUCCAUCAGUACAAAACCACCGUGGCCCCCACAUCCUCCAGUUUUCGCACCUGCCUCAUUCAUGGAGACUUCAAUGAUCUCAAUUUGCUGGUGCAAGAUGAUGAAAGCAACGGCUACAAGAUUUCUGGGAUCAUCGACUUUGGGGACAUGAACUUUGGUUGCUAUGUCUAUGAGCUCGCCAUCGCCAUCACAUACAUGAUGCUGGAACACCCCAACCCCAUUGAAGUGGGUGGACAUAUCCUAGCCGGCUGGGAAAGUGUUUUUCCCCUCAACGCGGCGGAGAGAGACUGUCUCUUUUGGUUGGUGCUGUCACGCCUGUGCCAGUCAAUAGUGAUGGCUCAUCAUUCGGUGACUUUGCAACCUGAAAAUGAAGAGUAUCUGAUGAUUUCAUCCAAGAAAGGCAUUCCAAUUUUACACAUGCUAUUUGAGAUGGGAAAGGAGCAAGUGGAGAAAGUGUGGUUCCAAAGUGCUGCUCGGUUCAACGAUAGAACAUAAGCGAGGCAAGACAUUCUUAUAUUGAUUCAAAACAAUAUGUCGAUGAAAAUAGUUUGAAAGAAUCCAUUGCACAACGUCAUCCUCUUGAAUAGAGAUUUUUAUUUUCCAAGCGUUAUUUAGCCAUAUACUGUAGCAUUCUUGUGCUUUCAUUCAUCAACUUUAUAGACAAGCGAAAGUCUGAUCCGAUUGUUUUUCAUCUCCGGUGCAAAAAAAUGAGACAAUAAAGCUCAUAAAAGGUUUGGAGAAAGUGAAAAAAAGGUGCAAUUGGUUCAAGCCUCACUAUAUAAUGAUAAUGCCUCUUGAAAUGGGGUGUAGGUUUAAAAAAAAUAUACAAUUUGCCCACUCAAUGCAAAACACAAAUGAUAUGUGCUCUGUUGUUGCUUUUGAAACUAUCUGUAUUUCUCAUGUCUAUUGACAAUAUAUCAGUAUGUAAUGGCCAGAACAGUUAUAGUUUAUAAAUGCUGUAAUGUAAAAUCAAUGUUUUUAAUCCAUUUCAAUUGUCACGAACUCUGAUACUUUUGUA